AGCUACCGUAUACCCUUGACCGAUGAACGGUACCGUCUCUAUCGGGGAAGGUCGUCCUCUUCGACCGAGCGCGCAGCUUCGGGAGGGACGCACAUGGAGCGGUGAGGGAGGAAGGGGACACCCGCCUAGCCAGCCAGAUCAGCCGAAUCAACCCUGGCGAUCAAUGGGGUGACAGAUGUCGCAGCCAGAUCGCCCUCACAUCCAAAGCUACGAGCUGCCCCAAGUGCUAUAUAACGGCCAACAGCUCAGUGUCCUCAAGGUCACGGUGACUUGCGGUGGGUCUGAACGUUCCAGUAAAUGGGCGGCAGAGGCAUCUCUCAGCGCUGCUUCAGGUCUGAAUGCUUUUGCUCUAAAACACUCGGCGCACGUUAACGCUCUUUCUCGCUCCGCUUUCCUCCCAGCAGGCCUUGCGCGUUAUGCAAAGCAGAGCCUUCCCACUGGCGGGCUGCGGGGAGCUGCGCCGGCCGCCCUGCCUUGGGGGCGGCACUGGGAGGGCUCGGAGCGCUCGUCCCGCGCUCUGCGUGACACUGAGCCUCCCGCGGCCGGAGCUCUCCCGCCUCGCUCUGCGCUCCGAAGCCGCCGGCUCCUGGGCAGCGACCCCGGCUGA